ACUGGAGCAGACCUCGUCCACACGGUUCCCUGCUGGCUCUCCGUGCAGCUCCACAUGGUGUUCAGGUCUCCUCUCGACUUUUUCUCCGCGUCUCGCCUCUUCCUGCCUCACCUGGCGGACCAUGGCUCACCUGGACGCUCCCCGGAUGACGCCUCUGCCUCCUGCCCGCCCCUGUCCCUGCCCGGCUUGUGCUUCUCCGCAGCGCAGAUCGCCAGCGUAUGCGAGACCCUUGAGGAGACCGGUGACAUCGAGCGUCUCGCCCGCUUCCUUUGGUCCCUCCCGGUGACAGCGGACGGCCGAGACUCUAUCUCGGAGCACGAAUCCGUGCAGCGCGCCCGGGCUGUGGUGGCCUACCACAGCGGCAGCUUCCGGGAGCUCUACCGCAUCCUGGAGACGCACCGCUUCACAAGAGCCUCACACGGCAAGCUGCAGGCCAUGUGGCUGGAGGCACACUACCGGGAGGCGGAGAAGCUUCGUGGGCGGCCCUUGGGCCCUGUGGACAAGUACCGCGUCAGGAAGAAGUUCCCCCUGCCCAGGACCAUCUGGGACGGCGAGCAGAAGACGCACUGCUUCAAGGAGCGUACGCGCGGCUUGCUCAGAGAGUGGUACCUGCAGGACCCUUAUCCGAAUCCCGGAAAGAAGCGGGAGCUGGCCCACGCCACUGGGCUGACACCCACGCAAGUUGGUAACUGGUUCAAGAAUCGGAGACAGAGGGACCGAGCUGCAGCCGCCAAAAACAGGUUGCAGCACCACCGGCUGUGUUCCAAUGGCGCUCAUCAUCCACUGAGUGGAGGCGGCUGCAGUCCAGACUUGAACGCGGCGCAUGCGGACGGCGAAACACUUCUCUCAGUAACAGACAGUGACUCUGACUUGGAGGUGUGAGACUUUUUUAUUUUUUUUUAAGGACCUUUAAGACCCUUUGGUGGUCCAACCUGCAAAUGGGAGCAAGCCUGCAAUAAAUAUUCCUGGCAAUGAUGUGAGAUAUUCCCACAGCUGACAGAUUUCUUAGCUUUUGAUGAUUACUUUUUGGAUUUGUGGACAAAGCUGGGCCGCCAAAUUAAGCAUCAAGCUGGGGACCCUCGAUUAAGGCCUGAAAAGUACCACUUUGAGCUAUGCAGCACAACCAUGUCAUGUUUGUUGUAUUAACAUGUUCCCUAUGAGAAUCCACAUUUACAUCACUGACAAUCAAUACGCACUAAAACCUUCCUCCCUGUCUGCUUGCUUUCUUUGUUUUCCCUCCUCCUAAGAGUGCAGACGGCUUUUAUUUCAAGUUCACAUCCAAAUGCAGUCUUCUUGCACUCGCUGAGCAAAAUGUUUGGGUAUUUUAUAGAAAUAAAAAGUAUU